UUCUUGCUUUUGAGCUUCUCUUUUAUAGCCAGUCUGGAGAUUCUUGAUUGACCAUUCACCUCUUUCUUCCUCUUCUCUAUUAUCUUUCUUGUUCUCUUGAAUCUGCUCCUCUCGGAGCUUCCUCCUUCUCUUUUCUUGUUCUAUUGAUCCUCCAUUUUCAUUUUUUUGGUCAUUCUUUGAAGUUUCGUGAUUAAUUUGAAAGUUUGAAGUGAUCAAAAUGCUUGACGGAUUAUUGAAGUCGAAAUUCUAUUCAAAAUGCAAGUCGCUGAUGAAGAUGACAAAGGCUCGACUGGAUAUGCUAAAGAAGAAGAAAAGCUCGGUGGCAAAGUUCUUAAAGAAUGAUAUGGCUGAACUUAUCAGGAAUGGCCUUGAUUACAAUGCUUAUUGCAGGGCUGAAGGGCUUUUGGUUGAGCAGGAGAUGUUAGCAUGCUUCAAUUUCAUUGAGCAGUUCUGUGAAUGCAUCUCCAGCAAUCUUUCAGCCAUUUGUAAGCAGAGGGAAUGCCCCGAGGAAUGCAGAGAAGCUGUACAAUCUCUAAUAUAUGCAGCAGCAAGAAUUCCUGAAUUCCCAGAACUGAGAGAUCUUCGAACUCUAUUUGUCGAAAGAUAUGGGACUCACCUUGAAUCUUUUAUAAAUAAACAGUUUGUUGAGACACUGAGGCCAAAGACUACGACAAAGGAGAUGAAGCUUCAGUUAAUGCAUGACAUUGCAGAAGAAUUCAAUAUACAAUGGAAUGCAAAGUCUUUGGAACAGGAACUCUUCAAACAGCCUCAAGAGAAUAAUCGUUUUCCUAAAAACAAUGAUGACAUUUCCCCGAAAGUAAACUGCAAGGGUAACGAUGGGGGUGAUGAUUUCACAAAAAGAACAAAACAUGAAACCGGGAACAAAGUGAAUGACACGGUGGAGGAUACGUUGCUGAGAAAAGAAAAAUCCAAACUUGCAUUUCGUGGAAGGAAGAAUAGCUUUAAUGAGAGAUACAAUCUGCCUUGCAGCAGUGAAGAUAAGGUGAUUUCUCACAGGAGGAAAGGUAGCAGUGACCUCGACAGCCUACCAACUGGCAAUGUUCAUACUGAAGCUGAUUUGAUAAGUGAAGCUAAGACAAAACCAAAAUCAGUCCGAAGGAGACCAUUGAAGCCACCUCCAGGUCAUGAAACUGUUGGCAUUGUUGAUAGACCAUUGAAGCGACCGCCAGGCCAUGAAAAUUUUGUCAGACCUGAAAGUGGCGCGGUUGCAAAGGCUGAUUCAACUGCAGUGAAAGAAGAUGAGGUUAAAAGGGGUUCAAUGAAAACGCAAGGAGAUGAUAUUGAUCAAAAGGAAGAAGAGGAAAAGAUCAUUGAUGGUCUUCUGAUGCAUUACUGCAAGGAUUCAAUGAAACCAAAUCUAAAACCUCCUCCAAAGCUCAGAAGCACAAAGUCUGACUUGCAUUUUCCACCAGGUAGAGAAGCAUACCAAGCCGAAGAAGCAAGUCCAAAGAAGGCAGCAAAAGGGCAUAAUCGAUUAGUUUCAAUGCAGCCAGAGAAUGGUCAUGUGCACCCUAACCUGCCUGAUUAUGAAGAUUUGGCAGCUCGAUUUGCAGCUCUUAAGAGGAGAUAAAAGAAAAAUGGCAUUAGUUUCCUGGAACUUGACUGCUUGAUAUUAACCGUUUCCUAUAACUAAAACAAACAGAUAAAAGUGGAUUUUUUGAAAAACAUUAACAUCUGGCAUAUGAGAUCUGUAUUUUCUGUCAUCUAUAGUCCCACUAUAUUCAAAUGAAAUCUGAUUGUUUUAGUUCUUUGAAAUUGUUAAAUAAUAAUAUUAUAU